UAAAAACUUAAAACCUUUGUCGACAUGUUCUGGUCAAUACCGCCAAUGUCUUUUAUACGAAUUUAACAGCUGACAAAACAUUCCUUAAGCUCCUCUGGGUGGAUCUGGUCAGCAUUAUAUAAGGUUUUCACACGAGGAGCCUUUGUUUUUGGCAUUCCCAUUUGACAUUUGGAACCCAUUUGGAAAUUUAUUCAAUUUCAGGGCUUUUUCUUCAAGGAAAUUAAGGUGAAUAUUGAAAUUUUCAGCUCCCCAUGAGCUAUUUCUGGUCUGUUUCUUUCUGGGUUUUGAAUUUUUUGUGAUUUGGUUCAAUAUUUUGGCUGCUUUGAAGAAGAAAAAUUCUGGGUUUUCCUUAAUUUUGGUGUUGAAUAUCUUCCUAUUGUAUUCAGAGUUCAAAUUCUCAUGAGAAAAUAUUUGGUGGGUAGGUGAAGAUUUGCUUGUAUUUGCUAGAAAUAGGGAUAUUAUAGGUGUUUUCUUGAGGGUAAUCGAAUUGGGUUGGUGCCAAAUCGUGAAAGUUUGAAGCUUUUGUGUGGGUUUUGCGUGAUGAAGGUGUUCUAGGGUUUUGGUUAUGAGAGGUUUAGGGAUUGAUGAAAUGAGAAGGAUAUUGAACGUUGAGAACGAUGAUCCGACAACAAAUAAGUCUUAUAAAGACAAGUCGUUCUAUUGUUUUUGUUAUUCUGCUGUGUGCUUCAGCAUCAAUGAGCUCAGAGGAGAGCAGAACCACAGAGGAAGUUUUUCUCAGUCAACUAGUUGAUCCAGCAACUGGAAAGAUUGAUGGGGACAUGGCACAACUGUUAUGGAUAAGUUGCAGGGUAGAUUUGAUCCAUUUGACGGAAGCUAUUGAACAUCUUGACUUAUGGUUAGCAGAUGAAACAUCUAGUGGCACAGAGGAAAUUAAUUCAAAAACUCGGUUAUUGGGAAGAGAAGAGUUUCAAAAUCUUAUUAAUAUCCUGCAUCCUGAAGUGAAACAUACUCUUUCAGAUUGUUUAAGAAAACAUAAUCUCUUGUUCAGUGUCUCUGGAGAAGAGGGUGCCUCUAAGAUUUGGUAUGCCAAGUAUAUUGAGUCCCUAUUUCCCAGACCUUAUGUUCCAAGAAGAAAUUUGGCUAGUGAUUUGCCUCAGAGCAUUCUUGAUGUACCUUCUCCAGCCUCUGCACCAAGAUAUUCUCAACGUAGUCCAGCACCAUCUCCUGGUCUAGCACCUUCCACUCCUCAAAGUUCUAGUCCUAGGUCUGCACGCCAUUCUCGACAAGAAUCAGUUUUUCCUUCGGAUCCCAUAAAUUCGAGUCUUCAAGCUUCAGGGCCAGCUUCUGGUUCAAAUAUACAGGAACAUAAAGGACGAAAUGAACGUAAAACAAUUGUUAUUGCUGUUAUUAUAACUGCAUCAGUAACAUUUAUUGUUGCAGCAUUGCUCUUUUUAUGUUGUACUAAAAUCUGUAGGAAUGGGAAAAAGGGUAGACAAAAUGAUGAGAGGCCCCUCCUUAGCCUGAGUUUAACUGAUUCUGCUGGUUCUUCAUACAAGUCUUAUGCUAUGGGAAAUUCAAUGAAAGAAGAGAAGCUUGACCAUCAAUCAUUAGAAUUAGGAUCCCCUGGAGGUGCUUCCAAGUUUGACACGCCCAACAAUAUCAAUGGACCAGUACCACCUCCUCCUGGAAUGUCUCCUCUGAAGCCCCCUCCUGGCAGAGCAAAGCUUCUCCCUCCUGAACCACCUUCUUCUUUUAGGCCUCCUCCCAGCAGGGCUAGUCCUCCUCCUCCGCCACCUGUACCUGCUGCUUUAAAAGCCCCAGGAAGUGCAGGUCCUCCCCCACCACCUCCUCCAGCACCUCCUGGUCCUCGCCCCCCACCACCUCCUGGUCCUCAUCCCCCACCACCUCCUGGCUCUCGCCCCCCACCACCUCCAAAGAGUGGUGUUCCUCCUCCUCGGCCACCUCCAGCAAUGGCUAUUGGUUCAAAGGUAGCUCGACCUCCACCUCUUGCACCAAAACGUCCACUGGAUGCUGGAUUGGAGGCUGAUGGUGAUGCUCCUAAAACCAAGCUGAAGCCCUUUUUUUGGGAUAAGGUUCUAGCAAACCCGGAUCACUCAAUGGUUUGGCAUCAGAUUAAAUCAGGAUCGUUCCAGUUCGAUGAAAAUAUGAUUGAAACUCUCUUUGGGUAUAAUGCUGCUGAUAAAAACAAAAAUGAACUUAAUAAAGAGUCUUCAUCCCAAAAUCCUACGCCCCAGCUCAUUCAACUUAUUAAUCCCAAAAAGGCACAAAAUCUAUCAAUUCUUUUGCGGGCAUUGAAUGUGACCAUAGAAGAAGUCUGUGAUGCAAUUCGUGAAGGAAAUGAGCUUCCCUCAGAAUUCUUAGAAACUUUGUUGAAGAUGGCACCGACACAAGAAGAAGAACUAAAGCUUAGACUGUUCAAUGGUCCACUUUCUCAACUUGGGCCCGCUGAGCGGUUCCUGAAAGCUUUGAUUGACAUCCCGUUUGCUUUUAAGCGAUUGGAAGCAUUACUUUUUAUGUGCACUCUUCAGGAGGAGGCCACCCAGCUUAAAGAGUCUUUCGCAACCUUAGAGGUUGCAUGUAAGGAACUGAGAAGCAGCCGGCUUUUCCUCAAGCUUUUAGAAGCUGUUCUUAAAACUGGAAAUCGCAUGAAUGACGGAACAUUUCGUGGUGGAGCACAAGCGUUCAAACUUGACACACUCUUGAAAUUGUCAGAUGUUAAAGGAAUAGAUGGCAAGACAACGCUUUUGCACUUUGUUGUUCAGGAAAUAAUCCGCUCUGAGGGUGUCAGAGCUGCUCGUACAGCAAAAGAGAACAGGAGUUUCUCUAGCGUCAAAACAGAUGAUCUCCUUGAGGACACUUCCAAUGAAACAGAAGAACAAGAACACCAUCGCAGUCUUGGACUUGAGAAAGUUUCAGGUUUAAGCAAUGAACUUGAGAAUGUUAGAAAAGCAUCUGUUUUGGAUGCUGAAAGCUUAACAGGAACUGUUGCCAAACUUGGUCAUUCACUGAUAAAGAUCCGGGACUUCCUGAACACGGACAUGAAAGAUUCAGGGGAAGAUAGUGAGUUCCAUGAAACACUGAAGAGUUUUGUCCAGAAUGCUGAGGUUGAUAUCACGGGUCUCCUCGAGGAAGAAAAGAGAAUCAUGGCUCUGGUGAAGAGCACCGGUGACUACUUUCAUGGGAAUGCAGGGAAGGAUGAAGGCUUACGACUGUUUAUUAUUGUCCGAGAUUUUCUAAUAAUGCUAGAUAAGGUUUGUAGAGAGGUAAGAUUGGCACCAAAAAAGUCGACAAAAGUCCAGAAAAAAGAGACACCUUCCUCUGAUCCCGGCCAGCCUUCAACAAUGCCAUCUGCCUCCGAUCUUCGGCAGCCUCCUUCUCCUGAUCUUCAUAAGCGGCUUUUCCCGGCAAUCCAAGAUCGACGAAUGGAUCAUUCUAGUUCAGAUGAUGAAAGUUAAUUGAUUUUAUUUGGAGAAGGUGACCAUCACUGUACAAUUUCGACAACAAGUGCUUUCUUGGUUCUUCUCAAGAUAUCCAUAUCCAUUGAUCACAGAAGGAUAAGUGAAAGGGAGUUAAGAGUUGAGCCUGCGGACUAUGCCCUUCUCUUCACAGUGGAAUUUCACUGGAUUGAACCUACGGUCGCUUUCGAAGGUACCUCACCUACUCAUGGCUGACUCUGUACAUCAAUGACUCGUCACUGAUCAGGCGGACGACAGGACUAGAGUCGCAGAACACCAAUACUGUACAGAACUGUGGCUGGUCAUCAUUCAAAAGGCGAACAAUUUCUUGAGUGAUUGUAACUACUGGACCUAACAUCGCCAUAGUACAGCAACCUUUGUUGUAAAUUGGUGUCCUGUUGAGAAUGAACUCAUGACAAAACAACGUUAUUGCCUUCAGAAAGCCCAACGUCCGCAGCAGCGAUUUAGACUAAGUGAUUUUUUUCCUAUUUUUUGUUCUUCCACCUGUCAUUAUUUGUAUUUUUUUUUCUUUUGUUCAUAAUUUUGACCUUUUGGGAGUGAAAUGUGUAGCAAGGUAGUUUUGUUAUGUAUAGAAUUGUUCAAUUUACUCUUGGGAAUGAAAUUUACUGUCGAGACAA